AUGCGACGUGUAAACUAUGCUGUCCAUAUCACAGCCAUACUCGGUGAAGGUGUCAUCUUCAAUUGUCACGUUGAAUUUCCCAAUGAUCAUCCAGUCCCGUACGUCCUACAGUGGGACAAGAAGGGUUCCGAUCUACCCAUCUAUAUAUGGUAUGAAAGCUAUCCCGAACACAUUGAAGACGGCUAUAAGGGACGCGUCUCACGUGUGGCACCGGACUCACCGUUCGGUUCGGCUUCACUUAAUUUGACCAACAUCAAAGAAUCGGAUCAAGGCUGGUACGAGUGUAAAGUUGUAUUUUUAAAUCGUGAUCCGAAACAGCAUAAGAACGGUACAUGGUUCCAUUUAGAUGUACAUGCACCGCCCCGUUUUAGUGUAACACCAGACGAUAUAAUAUAUGUUAAUUUAG